CAAGCUUAGCUGAAAAUGGGCCACACAAGCUUUGCCUUUGUCUACAAAAGCUGCUAAUUAGGUCAGAAAUAAAGACAAGGGAAAGAAAAUACUAGAAAUUGAGUGGAUAAUGAUAAAGAAACUUUAAAAAACAAAUAAAGUAAUGAUAAUCCCUAUGAGUGCCCCCAAAAUAAAGUUGAUGUUGUACUGAGAUUGCUGGGGUUAUUUUAUUUAAUUUGUUUUGGUAUCACUUGUUUUAGUGUUUUUCUUUUCGCAGUAAGGAGCGGCAUUGGGAGGGAGGGAGAGAUGUAUCAUUGUUCAUUUCCCUUGUUUAGAAAACAGUUUUACGGAUGCUAAUAGAUUGGAUGGAGAUUUUACUGAGUUUUAAACCCAAAUUCUAAGGCUUCUAUCCGAGAAAAUGUCGAAUACUCAGCCACAGAUGAUCUCAGGGUCCGAGGUAGAUGGUCGAGUCAUGAUCAUGGAUGAAAAGAAGAGAAAGAGGAUGCUAUCCAACCGAGAAUCUGCGAGACGAUCACGAAUGAAGAAGCAAAAGCUUUUGGAGGAUUUGGUUAGUGAGGUUGCUUCUUUGAAGGUAGAAAUUCGGAAUAACACCAACGAAUAUGAAGUUUUGAUGCAAAAGACUCUUAUUUUAGAGUCAGAUAACAGUCUUUUGAAGGCUGAACAGAUGGAAUUGGCUCAAUAUUUAAGGAAUCUGGAACUGAUGCAAAAUCAAAUGGAACUAUUGCAAAUGAACUUGAUGCAGCCUGGUGGCUUUGCUGAUCAAAUCCUUGACAUCAAGGAACCCCAUGUCGGGUCUUGGCAAUGCCAUGGUUCAACGCAACCUGCCAUCAUGGCUUCUGCUGGAAUGUUCAACUAUUAAAUUUUGUUCCAAGAUUUAGAUUUGUCAUUGCACAAAAUGAAUAGAUUGAAAUUGGUUCUCUUUUGUAAAUACAUGUAAUAAAUAAUUGGUUAGUGUUUAAAUUUCCUUGAAAUGUUUGGAUUAUAUUUACCAUUGGGGAAAUCCAAUAUUCACCAUGUACUAGUCCUGAAGCAAGCCUGAUUCUGGGAGGCGCUCUUCAAUCAU